AUGGGCUCCUCAGUUUCAGCCUGUGGGAACCUUUCCACUGCCGUAGUUCUGGGUGGGACAGAUGCUCUGGUAAGCCUGCUUCGGGCAGUUUCUCUGGGCAUCGUGGACCUGAUCGAUUGGGUUUGCUCGAGCGGGAGGAACACCAGUCGCAACAAGGUGGCCUGGCAUCCUCCGCGCUACUCCAACACUCCGGUCUACGCAUCCGAGAACUCGAUUCUCGGAGAUUUGGAUGUUGAGAAGACGAUGGCGCAGAGCAAGUUCCCGAUCCCUCCCGAGAAGCUCAUCGCCAUGGCGAAGGAGAUCAUGGGUAGCGAAUUUGGAACUAAACAGGGGGCGAAGGCUGACUGCCUGGCAGAGGAUUUCCAGUUCGUGGCACCCAUCAUAGGCCCGCUUGGGAAAGAGGAGUUCAUGAAGGCUUUCGGGUCUUUCAAGCUCAAGGAGGCCGUGCCAGAUUUGGCAGACAACAGCUGGUUUCAGGUAGACCCCCUGGAGCCGAAUCGAGUUUGGUUCUUUGCCCGUGCCACAGGCACACACACUGGCACACUGAACUUUGCUCGCCCGAUCCCUCCCACAAACAAGCGCAUUGAGGCUCCCCCGCAAGCACAGUCUAUGCUCUUCAAUGAGCAGGGACAGUGCUACACUCUGACCGUAGGCUAUUGCAUGGAUAAGCGCAUCGGGAAUACUGAAGGCCUUGGCGGGGUCUUUGGCAUUUUGAAGGCAGUCGGACAUGGACUGCCUUUCCCCGAGGGACAGCGCCUGUACACUCCUUCCUUGCGAUACGAAGCAUUCGAGCGCGUCGCCAAAUUUGCCGAAGCUUUGGGUUUCGGCCCGAAUGCCCGACCGUCUCCGAGGGAGUGA